AUGGCAAAAGACAUAGAAUACACCUGCUCCGCAUGUUUCACUUGUACUAAGUAUGGCAAACAAGCCGCGGCAGAGCCCAUGUUAUUACAUCCAGUACCAACGUGUCCCUGGCAAUGUGUAUCACAAGAUAUAUUUGAACUCAACAAGAUCUAUUAUCUUGUCACGGUGGACCACUAUAGUGACUUUUAUGAGUUAGAUCAACUCAAAGAUACCCUAUCUACGACAGUCGUCCAGCACACGAAAGCUCAUUUUGCACGACAUGGCAUCCCUCUGCGCUGUCUUACAGACAACGGUCCGCAGUUUAUGUCGAGAGAAUAACAGAUCUUCGCACAGUCGUAUGGGUUUGAGCACAUAUUCCCCUUAUUGGUCACAAAGCAAUGGAAAAGCGGAGGCUGCUGUUAAGAACGCUAAAUCUGUUUAAGAUUACCACCUUGCCCUCCUUAACAUACGCAACACCCCACCACGUGGUUAUUCGUUUUCGUCGGCGCAACGUCUGAUUGGAAGACGCACCUGUUCUAGUCUACCACUAUGUGGAGAACGCCUUUUACCAGAUUCACCUGAUCCCCGGACUGUGACCCAAGAGAUUACCAACCAUCGAGCAGCAUCUAAGGCCACCUAUGACAAAACAGUACAGUCUUCCCAGCCUUCUUUACCUAUGGGAUCAUAUGCAUAUGCAAAACCAAGACCAACUCUGUGUGGACAACCAUGGACGUAUGGUCGAAUUGUCAGUUCACCCUCUCCACGGUCUUACAACAUAGACACAGGUAGCCAUAUUAUUCGCCGAAAUCGCACCCAGAUCCGACCAACAACAGCACCAUCUCACAUUUCUGAAGUACACCCACUGCAACCAUACACCAGUCACUCCCCUCAAGACUCAAUUGAAGAUCUACCGCCUACCACGUCAGACUUGGAACCUGAUCCACCACCUGCCACGUCAUCUUCACAACCUGGUCAAGGUGAAGUUGUUACUCAAACCGAGGAGCUUCAACAACCUUCUAUUCAAGUUCCAUCCCACAAUACUCUAACGAAUCCAAUUUGGCCUUGA